CUCUCUCUCUCUCUCUCAUUCUCUCUCAUCGCACACGCACACACACGGCUGAGCCGUCGCCGACCGCCUCCGCCACUGCGGAUCGCCGGCCCAGCUCCACGCGUGUCUUCUCCCCAGAUUCUCCGCCGCCGUGACGCUUCUAUCCUCCCGUGCGCGCCCCCACGACAAACCCUAGUAGUGUGGCUCGGGGUUCGUCGGCGCGGCCGCGUCCCCUUCCCCGCCGCCGUGGAGCUUCUCUCCUCCCGUGCGCGCGCCCACGGUCGCGGCGGUGGAGGUGGAGGAGGAGGAGCAUGACGGCGCCACCAAAUCGGCGGCGGCGGCGGUGACCGCCCCGGCCGCGGACGGGGGCGAGGCGGCGGCGGACGUGGAGGCCGUCGCCGGGGGCUCGCCCGUCGCGCCGUCCCACCUCCUGGUACUUACCUAUGUCGAGCACGCCUCCGCCGCGACCUCCCAACGACGCCUACAAGUCCUGCUCCUCUGCCUCCUCAGCCCCUCGGCUUCGCCGGUUUGGUGGUAGGCUCGGCUGCCCUGGCACUACUUCGACUACCUCGCCGUCUCCAUCUACCACGGCCUCGGCUACAACCACGACUGCACGCCCGAUUCAGAUUUGGACCAGCACUCUCCAGAGAACAAUUUUGACAGCAACUCCAAUUUUUGGAUUUCCAAAGAUACAAUGGCGUGCUCUUGACGAGAUCAAUUCUGGUGUGUGUGAUGGGAUGACAUAUGAAGAGAUAAAGAAAAUUAUGCCUGAGGAAUAUGAGUCACGCAAAAAGGACAAGCUGAGAUAUCGCUACCCCCGUGGGGAAUCUUACCUUGAUGUGAUUCAGAGGUUAAGAAAUCUGAUUCAGAGGUUGGAACCUGUCAUCAUCGAGCUGGAGCGCCAGCGAGCACCAGUGGUUGUUAUAUCCCACCAGGCCGUACUGCGAGCGUUGUACUCGUAUUUUGCCGACAGGCCUUUGAGGGAAGUUCCAGACAUGGAGAUGCCAUAUUUGGAUGAGCGGUCUCCAUUAGAGAUGGACUAUGCAGAUUCCUUAUCUGGAAUUGUGGAAGCUCUAACUUACACCAUUCCGUGCAUUCCUAUUGAUGCAUCAAAGGAAAAGUUUGCGGGUCGACAAGAUACAAGCAUUGGCUGAUGGACUUACUACUUCAGAUGAAUUUUACCUGCAGGUUCAGCCUGUGCUUCAUCAGGUUCAUCUUGAUCAUCCGGUGGACUCAUGUUUAGAUCAGGUACAUCUGCCUCUUUCGCUGAACUACUCUAUUUGUUCUCGGUCUCUAUUUAUGAACUGAUCAUGUACACUGGGACUAAACUGCUAUGUGCAUGAGAUGGAGCCGGCGCUUUGUGUGGAGGGCAGCGGUAGGCUAGGUCGGCGGAGGAGCUUGGGUGCUCCAAAGGCAUGGUCCACGAGGAAUAGGCGAUGAAGGGCGAUCUUUACAUUGGCCGCAUCGAGGAGGCCAUGUCCCUGAAACGGAGCGGCGGUGCCUCAUCCACUGCUUCCUCAAGCACAAGAACAACUCAUCCGCUGCUUCCUCAACCAGAAGAACAACUCCAUCAGAGUUGUGGACAGCGUUGCCAAAACGGCCACAUCUAACUAGUAAUCUAUGUGACAACACAUGCCGUGUAAAGUGAGAAUGCCGUUUAGUUGUGUAAAAUGUGAGUUCAUUUUAGUUCUGUAAGUUAGUUAGCUACAAUCUACUUAACUUAUGUAAGCAAUUUUAAUGCAUGAUCAUGUUGCCAUGUUGGAUUAAAACCUCACUAUAAUGAGUGCGUUGUUUUGAA